GUAUUAGGUAGCUCUCUUACAUGGAUUCUAGAUUUCUACUUAACAACUGAUAUCGCUUAGCGUGUAUCGAAGCUAAUCUUACAGUUAGCGAUGGGUCGGUAUGUGGCCGAUGUGAUUAGGAUAGAAACUUAUAGGGCCGGGCCGAGGGCAUACGAUGUCGCACCGCAUAUACGAGAAUUUACUGACCCAAUUCUCACUAAACAGCCUACCUACCCGAGUAACAGUCGAAGUGCUUCGCGGUUCUGAGAAACGUUCACCUUAGGUCUUUAACGUCCACGUGAAGAGCGGCUGAUACGACCAGGCCAAUCAUAUUGAGGCGCCCUUUAAUCGCCGCCUCAAGACGGAGUUAUUCCACCGCUUCGAUCUCAGUUCUCCAUCGUCACGGUUACCUCGUGAUUAUCACCAUCCCUCGUUUGAUAUAUCAAACAGUUGUCGGGAAUCGGGAUAUAAAAUGGAGGUCUUGCCUUCGCGUUUAACACGAAGAUAGCCAUUGUCGGCAGGAAAUAAAACAACUAGAUCUCUAGCAUAUCAAUACCAUCAUGAAGUUUCAACUUUCCUCUUUGCUUUUCGGCCUUGCUGCCUCGAUAGUGUCCGCACAAGACACAAACCAGACUGGGCCAUUCUAUCUCCAGAUCGUUGGUCAACAGAACAGCUCUAUCGUUGGUUAUGCCUUAUCGUGCCACACUGGGGCUGCCCUUGAGGGGCUUUGUUACCGCGCGGGACAAGUUCCCGACACCAACGCGCAAUCAUAUCAGUAUUGGUUCAACUAUACCGGAUACACCACGGUGGACGAUGCCCAGGUCGGCCAGCUCAUAUGGAAAUUGCCCUACACGGGUGGAAAUGGCGGCUCGGGAUUGCUUCCGCAGGUGCUCAGCCUGGAGAACUCCGUAAACAGCAAUGUCGCGUCGACAAAUUUCGGUUUUAGCGGCUCCUGCUCGCAGGGCUUGAGCGUUGGUUUCGAUGCGGAUGGCAAGCUAUUCAGCUGGGCCUAUAUCGAUGACUCGACGUUUACCCCGGGCACGAACCCCUUCCCCAGCGGCGUCGGCAAGGCGUACUACCAGUGGUAUGUGUGCUGGAUCUACUACUCCAGCUACUAUUACCAGGCGGUCGCAUGGGCGUCGAGCACACCACCCCACAACCCGACUUGCCAGCCCGUCGAAAUCAGACAAGUCUUUCCGUCUUAAAGAGGGACAUGGUGUCAUUGUCCAUUUCGCUCUUAACCCUCGUUCUUGGCAUAGCGAUGAUACAAUAUUAUAUAUGAAAUGGCUCUUGCGAGAAGGAUGAUAAUUUUGAAAGUACACUCAUCAAUUAAUAAAGACUUACGCCUUUCGGAUUAAAACUUUGCUUAUUUCUAUGGUUUUUUUAAUUGAUAAGGUUUAGAGAUUAACCGGAUUGGGAACUGCACCGAACUCCGUAGCUCAACAAAUGUUGAUUUU